AUGUCGCACCUCACGCCCGUCGCUGUCGGUGGCAAUCCGUCUAGGACACCUAGCUGCUGGACCAAGGAUGAGGAUAAGGAUGCCGAUACGCCAUACACGAACAACACUCCAGACACUAGAUCAGAAGUCGCGAAUGAGAAACACGAACAGACCAGAGGUCGUAUAGUCGGCGGCAAGUACAACACAUCAGAGAACGCCGCACCUCCGCCUCCAGACCACAGUGACCAUGGACCACUCAAGGAGGUCGAUAUCGACAUGCCUCUCACUCUCACCGAACACGUCCACAUGAACGGCCAAGACUACAUCGUCCUAUCCUUUGCCGAAGGCGAUAAAGAGAAUCCCUUCAACUGGAAUCCAUGGUACAAACGCGGCAUAACUACCAUUCUCAACCUCAUGACCCUCUUCAUCGGUCUCGCCACUACAGCGUACAGCAGUGGCAUAAACAGCAUGUGUGCCGAAUUCGGGGUGUCCACUGAGCUGGGCCAAGUUGCUUGUGCUCUGGCACCCAUGAUUCUAGCACCGUUCUGCGAGCUCAUAGGCAGGAAGAUCGUCUAUGCCGGAGCAUAUCUAUGCUUCACACUCCUCUUCAUUGGUCUGGCACUAGGGAAGGACAUCACGACGAUCGUUAUCCUUCGCCUCUUUCUCGGUCUCUUCGGCUGUGUCGGCACGAUCUUAGUCGGCGGCACCUUCGACGACAUGUAUGAGCCUCGCGACCGCGGGCGUCCGAUGGCCAUGUUCAGCUUCGUGGCCAUCUUCGGCACAGUCGCGGCACCGAUCUACGCCGGCUUCAUCGAUCAGUCGAUUGGUUGGCGCUGGAUCGAAGGUAUACAAGGAUUGUCGAAUAUCCCGCUCCUAUUAGCUGUCUUUCUUUUCUUUCCCGAGACGCGCGGUGGUGUAGCCCUACACAAGCGUGCCAAAGCACUCCGAGCAGCCACGGGCGACGAGCGAUAUGUCGCUGCGGACGAUAUCAACACGCCUGGUCUGCAAUCGAUGCUCAAAGCUUCCUCCGUCAAGGCCCUACAUAUGCUGGCGACUGAGCCGGUAGUCUUCGCCUUCGGCCUCUGGAUCGCUUUCUGCUGGGCCAUCGUAUUCCUCUUCCUCUCCGUUAUCCCCAUAACUUUCACGGAGAAGCGCGGCUGGAGCGAAGGUGUGGCUGGGCUGCCAUACAUUAGUCUUUGUGUGGGAACUUUCCUGGGCUGGGCCGCGAACCACAUUCAGAUGAGAAAAUAUGAGAACCUGACCUCUGAUCCGAAUAGGAAAGUCAUGCCAGAGUCGAGGCUAUACGGAGCCAUGUUCGGCGCCAUCUUCCUUCCCAUCGGACUUUUUAUCUACAGUUUCACACAGUACGCCUACCUCCACUGGAUUGGCCCUGUGAUAGGUCUCGCGCCGAUUGCAUUCGGGAUCUACUUUGUGUUCGAGAGCACAUACAGCUAUACCGCAGACUGUUACGGUACUAGCGCAUCGAGUGCCAUUGCUGGACAAGGACUCAUGAGGAAUUUGCUAGGAGCCAUCACGCCGUUGUUCGCGAGUCAGUUCUUCCACAAUGUCGGCAGUCAGUAUGCUGGACUCAUCCUGGCAUUAUUUGGUACAGCUUUGAGUGCGAUCCCUUUCGUAAUGUUCGCAUAUGGGCACAUCCUACGAAAGCGUAGUAAGCUUGCAAGGGAGUUCUGA